AUGACAUUGAUUGAAUACUCGAGUGAGUCACAGCGAAUAGCUGUGGACGAAAUCAUCGAUCAAUUUACAAUAGACCGUGAUAAACUCGAUGAAAUUGUGUCUCAUUUUAUUAAAGAAAUGAGGAAAGGAUUAAAUGCACCAGUGAAAUCCAUCCCGAACGGAACGGAAAACGGCACAUAUCUGGCCUUGGAUCUUGGCGGCACUAAUCUACGCGUUUGCCAGAUAACCUUUUGGGGAUCAGGAAAAUUGGCAAUCAAACAAGAAAAAUACGAAAUAUCCGAUUCUCUCAAAACCGGUCACCAUAGCCAACUGUUCGAUUUCAUUGCCGAUUGCAUACACCAGUUCCUGAUCCAUCUAGGCGAUGUUCAUGACUCGACUCUUUCUCUCGGAUUUACGUUUUCAUUUCCCGUGGAUCAGACGGCAAUCCACAAGGGUGCGCUUUUGAGAUGGACAAAGGGGUUUUCGGCGGCGGAAGCGGUGGGUCGAGAUGUAGUGGAAAUGUUACACGAGGCUUUGGAAAGGAAAAAUGUGCCGGUUAAAGUCGUGGCUAUGGUUAACGAUACAGUGGGAACCUUGUUGGCGCACGCUUAUGAAAACCCAACUACAAUCAUGGGUGUCAUCCUUGGAACCGGUACGAACGCUGCAUAUGUGGAAAAAUUGGAUAACAUUCGAAAGCUGAAUCUAAAUGGUUCGGGCGAUAUGAUUAUUAACAUGGAAUGGGGCGCUUUUGAUAAUGAGCGUCAAGUGCUUCGAUUAACUCCUUAUGACGAAAAGCUAGACCAGCUUUCGCUAAAUCCAGGAGAACAAUUGUUCGAAAAGCUAAUUUCUGGUGACUAUCUUGGCAAAAUAACCCACAAUGUUCUUUUAGAUUUAGUUGGCCGUAACCUUCUUUUCUCUGGACGGUCUUCCAACAAAUUUGACAACAUUGGAGCUGUCAGGACUCCGCAUAUGUCUAUUAUUGAAGCAGAUGCCACUGAUGAUCUUGCUUACGCCAAACAAUUGCUGGAAGUCGAGUUUGAGAUACCCGAGACUACCUUGACUGAUAGACAGAUUGUGCAAAGGAUAUGUUGUGCGGUCGGAUUACGCGCUGCAAGGUUAUCUGCUUGUGCAUUGUGUGCGAUAAUUAAGCAUCUUGGCGUGGAAAACCAAAAAUCUGCAGUGGGAAUCGAUGGAAGUUUGUUUGAGUUUCACCCUGGAUUCAAGCAUAACUUGAAACAAACGAUGAGAGAGAUCUUGGGAAAUAACGCCGAUAACAUUAAUCUCGAGCAGGCGAGAGAUGGUUCUGGCGUAGGAGCCGCACUUGCAGCUCUGUAUGCUGAGAAGGAUCAUGCCGAUUUCAGCUCGCAAUUAUAA